AUGGCCUUGCUCGGUCGGUACUUUGUGUACCCCUGGAGCAGCUACAGCAUCAUCUUUGACUAUAAGGUCCCCUGCAAUGCGUCCAGGGUGGACAACAUCACCGCAACGUUUGACCGCUACCUGACGGGCCUUGCUGUGGUCUUUGCGGAUGAAUACAGCGACGUGGCCGUCUUUGAGCUGCUCCAGGACAUUCCCCCAGAGUGGGGCGCGGUGAUGGCUGGCUGGGAAGCUGCCACGCUGGAUUACAACUUCACCUACACCACCGUGUCACACCCCCUGGGAGACAGUCAGAAAAUUGCAAUGGGCAGGGUGUACGAGCUGUUCUACGGGACCACCAUGUAUUCACAGAAUGACGUGGACCUGGUGAGGAACGUCAGCUGCAACACCCACACCUGCGGCUUCUACUCCUCCGUGGUGGAGGCCGGCUCCAUCACUUUUGGCUCCAGCGGCGCCGGCGUGCUCAGCGACGACCUGGGCAAGGUGGUGGGCGUCAUGUCGAGCGGCGAUGGCGGGCCCUGCCCCCGGCCGUCCGACCCCUACGGCAAGGGCUCCCCCAUCUACGUGAUAGGGAGCCUGGGAGCGGCAUGGGAGCAUGGCUUUCACAGCCUGUACAACCUGAGCCGGGAGGACGAGGGGUCGGCGGAGUACGAGGUCUAUACACGCAGCAGGCCCACCAUCACCGUGGGAAACGUGGUGCCCGAGGUGUACCCACGCCUCGGACCCACCUCCUGCUCUGUCGCGCUGCAGCAGUCGCCGGCGCGCACGACCACGGUUCGAAUCGCCGCGGUCCAGCCCUGGCUUGUGCACGUGGUCCCAUCCUCCCUGACAUUUGACGAGACCAGCUGGCAUCAGGAGCAGUUCUUCAACAUCACGGCUGGCGAGCACGCUGGGGAUGUCGGGGCGCAGCAAUUCGACAUCCGGCUGACCUGGGCGGUGAGGACUGACGCCGGUGAAUGGGAGGAGCGCACCAAGACGAUCUCGUGCGUGCUCGCCUACUUUGUCAAGACUCACGACUUGGUGAAAGUCAAGGACCUGCCCUUCAAAGAGAGCUACCUGGCCACGAGUGUACCCACGGUGUUCUACUACUGUCCGAAGACGGACAUUGCCCUCAACAUCAAGACCUGCUCCCAAAACACCACCGUGGGUGUGGUGGUGGAUGUUUACGACGACAAGCUAGAUGCUAUCCGGUAA